ACCGCAGUACCUCCUGGUAUUGAGUGCUCAUUUGACCUCGAAGCGGGGUAGGCGGAGCUACUGCGUCCAGAUGUGAGAUACCACCACGACGUUUCAGGCUCGAACGCCGUGAAUACAGGUGGCUCCGACUCCAACUCGCGGCCAGCUCUCACAUCCUGAUCAGAAACCUCAAACCGUCUUCGCGCUUUCUCAUCGACGCAUACCAACGCCAGCUCCCUGCGCAAAGCAAAAUCAGCCCCGAUGUCUCGCAGGGCCGAGGAUACCCUUUCCUUUUCCUGUUUGAGUCGCACGUCGAGACAACGGGGAUCAUUUGCGGGUAGCAGCGUGAGCUUCAAAGCUUAUGUAACCCAACGCGUCGCCCCUCAUCUUCCCUUUCCCGUUCGCACAUGGCAUCCCGAGUGGGCCUUUCGAUACCAUCAAAGCAACGCCCCAUACGCACACCAACAAGCCAAAAAUGGCCACAGCACCGGCACCCGCCUUCUCCACCACCGCCCAACCAUCAUCAUCAUCAUCAUCAUCCUCAGACCUACCACGCAGCGGGUGCAAAACGACUUCAACAUCACAGCGACGCUCUCCGGCGUACCCGGGAGGGGAUGCACGGGCGGGGACCAAAAGAACGACAGCAUCACCCAACCUACGAGAAGCGGCAGCUGUCAGUCCUCCCCACGCCAAAGAGCCCAAAUCAAAUCGCGCACACGGAACGGGAGAUGUGCGGAUAGAAGGGCACGGCGGAGCGCAUUCAGCGGAGGAGGAGGAGGAGGAAGGCGGGUUUGAUGAGCGGCCGAAGACGGGCGGGCUGGAACCGAACGUGCUGGAGAUGUUGAGGGAUAUCAGCGCGUAUAUUUCUUGUGCUAGUAGGUUUUUCCCACCGUGCGUUCACGCCGGAGCGCCGGUGUAUUCUGGACUCAUAGUUCGAUUCCUUUCUCAUGUAUAUGAUGCAGACACGGCAACGGUAACGCAAUGGGUAUCCGAGGAACGUAGCCUCAUAACCCCAAACGCCCAACCCCCCGCGACCCUGUCCGCCGGCUCGCGCUUCACACAGAUCCGGGGUCCCCGCGCCGCCUCCACGUCCCCAGACUCCAAUGGGAGGAACAAUGCAGCUGGGGGUGCCGCCGACAGUGCAUGGGCGGAAUGGACGCUGGAAGCAGUCUGCAAGUGGCUUGAAGGCAGCGGGUUCGGGGAGGAGGAGGAGAAGGACUUGAUACAGCGGUUUGCGGACCACGCAAUAACAGGGCCCCUCCUCUCAGCCCUCAGCAGCGACAGCCUGCAAGCCAUGGGCCUGAAGUCAAUCGGGCGGCGGACGAAAUUGUUGGAAAGGAUUCGUGUGCUUACUUCUGAGGAUAUACCUAGCGCCACUAUCGCGGGUGCUGAUGGGACGGGGACGGGUGCGCGGGAGGGGGACGAGAGUUGAGAGCUUGCAUACCGUGGCGGGUGGGGAGAUGACACUGGCUGCGCACAUCAUACGAAUCGGACAGUGCGGCCCUGUUGAUCGGGGUCUUUUCCGAUCUCUGUACAGAUUUAUGAGGGGCUUUGCGGGAUGAUAUAUACCCCCACGCUCUUUC